GGUACGCUCAGUUCGUCCCGUUAACUUCCAGAGGUGGCUUAGACCUGACGCCGCCUUUCUCAUUGUGUAGUAUCUCUGUCGUCAGUCCUAUUGGAAACAGUAGGGCAACCGGGGUCAUAGACCACUGUGGCAAAGCAGCUCAUAGACAAGAUUUACGAGAAGAGAAAGGCAGCCGCUCUCGAAUCAGAGAAGCAGAUUCGGGAAUGCCACCAGCAAAUCGACCACCGUCGUAUAACACAGAUCAUUGAACAGCUGGUGGAUAUGUUCAGCAAUUCACCAAAUCUCCUUCACAUCAGAAACGGAGGACUCGUUGACAUAGCUGGUACAGCCAUUGCCCUCGGCAUGGACGUCGCCUCGUACAUAGAAAUUCAUCGAACCCAAAACAGAAUACGAUAUCUCUCCGCCGAAUGUCUGUACAACAUCGCCAAGGUAUCCAAGGGCGAGCUAGCUGAUUCAGAGUUAUCGGUCAAGAAUGGGGCGGAGCUGCCUGAUAGAAUUCUGAAGGAUAUUGUGGCAGAGACAGCUUCGGUGUAUAUUCCGCAGUAUCCAGAGACGGUGAGGAUUCGCGACCUGUUCGAUUCUCAGGAGCAGAGUAUACUUAAGAAGGCAUUCUCCCUCGCGCGCUUCAUUCCACUGUUGCAAGGUAGGAUAUAUGUCCCUGGUUCAUUCACAAGGAGCUACUUGGCAUCGUGGAUAGCAGUGCUUGACUCGGUCGAGGAGCUCGAACUUCUAACAUACCUCCUAGAGUUCCUAGACGGCCUCCUUUUCAAGGAUGAGCACAAAUCAGAAGACUAUCGCGGCACUGGAGCCUCAGUUCCUGGGCAGGGUGUGCGGAGAGACUAUGCAGCCAUAAUAGAAAUUCUCAUGACAACCAACGUGACCCUUCGUUGGUUCGCCGAGUUCUUGACCUUUCUGCCCGAUGUCAUGACGCCCCGUCUUAUUCCUGCCAUACUCCCGAAUCUAGCACACCAUCCACCGUCCAGAGAUGCCUCUUCUCCCGAGUCCGUGGGUGAUAACCGGCCAUCGUCUUCAUCCGAUAAAACCACCAUGACGCAGCGUCCUCGCUCAGGGACAAUGCAAACUACUGUCAUGGAAUCUUCGAGCAGGCCUCGAUCUCGCACGUCAUCAAAUAGUGUAGUGGGUGCUCCGCCACCUCCGCCAGCUCCAGCUCCAGCUCCAACGCCUCCUUCACCCGUGCAGGAGGAGGCCAUUAAUGAGUUGACGAUACAGUUUUUGAGCCAGCAUGAGCAGAUUAGGGUUGCUGCACUGAAGUGGCGCAUAAUGCUGCACCAGAAAGCACUGAAGCAGAUUCUUGCGAUGGAUGAUGGUACUUUCCCGCGCGUUGCGUCAGAUUCGUCCGAAGAGCUCCCCGCGCAAACAUUGUCCUCCUCAGAAGAGAGCUACUUCAAGGAUUUCAUGAUGGACCUUUUCGAACUCUUCAGCACAGAUAGGAAGCUUCUUGAGGCCUGCGGCAGUCCUAUCAUCCACCAGUCGUGUCUCAGUCUCAAUACGGAGAGGAUAUAUGAGACAUUUGCAGAAAUUUUGGAGAAAGAAGAGGUUGCUCGUCUUUUGUGGUCCCUAAUGCAAUCGAACGUGCAGAUGCUGAAUAUGAUCCUGAUCACUUUGCCUGAACAGUUCCGAAAACGGCUGAAGGGCCUUGAGACAAGGCAAGAUGGUCAGGCGCUGUUCACCACGCUUUACAGGUCAUGGUGUCAUAAUGCGAUUGCAAUCACCGUUCCACUGCUGAUCCAAGUCGACAAAUUAGUGCAGCUGAUCAAAUCUCCCGUAUUCACUUACCUACACCUUCAACUCCUCGAGCCUGAGCGUUACCCCUACUUGUUCAAGUGUCUAUAUGGGUUGCUCAUGCUACUCCCCCAAUCCACCUCUUUCGUCUCACUCCAUAGCCGUCUCAACGGAGUCAACUCUGCCGGCUUCCUCCACAUUGCCCCAAAAGCGUGAGUUGACCCACUCUCAUUUCAUCAUGUGCUAUUGUUAACCAAUACGAGGACACCCAACCCUAUCGCCUCACGCUCUGAGCUCGGCCGCGGUGAGACAAAAUGGCAAGAACUUCUCGAUCAUUUCGCUCGCUACAAAGCAAGCACGAGAAAGCGCGAC